CGCCUACCAGGCGUGCGUUAGCGAGAUUUCUUUUCUACUACCUUCUGUUCCCUUAAUUGUUUUCUUUAAUUUUUCCGAAGAAGGAAGAAAGAAACGGAGAGGGACUUAAUCCCUUCUCUUAGGGUUUCCGUGGAUCGCUCGCUAGGGUUUUUCUGGGAGCUGAGGGGUUUGUGAACGGGAGAUCGGGUUUUUGAGAGCUGCGAGGGAUUGGGGACGAUAGAUCGCCGGGGACGAAGGAGAGAGAGAGCAAUUGAUGGAGACGGUGUCGAGAUCGAGCGAAGACGAGGUGGAGUUGGCUGUGAAGGGUGAUGGGAAGAGUAGCGAGCAGAAACCAAGCACACCAACCACGCCAAGAUCGAAGCACUCUGCAACAGAGCAGCGUCGGAGGUGCAAAAUUAAUGAUAGAUUUCAGAUACUUAGAGACCUUAUACCACAUAAUGAUCAGAAGAGAGAUAAGGCUUCAUUUCUCCUGGAGGUUAUUGAAUAUAUUAAAUUCUUGCAAGAGAAGGUACAAAAGUAUGAGUCAUACCAAGGAUGGGGUCAGGAAAAUGCAAAAUUAAUGCCAUGGAGUAACAGCCAAGGUCCUGCAGAUGGUUUAUCUGACCCUUCUCAUGUCUUAAAAAAUGGACCUGCUCCCCCCGGGUUCAUGUUCACUGGAAAGUUCGUUGACAAUAGCAUCCCUAUUGCCCCAACAAUGCUCUCGAACACACAGAAUGUAGCAGAACCAGACAUGAAUACCGGUACAGGUGCAGUGCUUGCUCCUUUGCAGCCAAACUUUUGUGCUUCUGUUGGAAGGGAAUCUGCUUUAACACUGCCUCAGGAGAGGUUAAUUUCAGAUUCAGAUAACAUGGCAUCCCAGGCCCAACCUCAGUGGCAAAGAUCAUCAGGCCCGGCUGACUGUACCAUCAGUAGCGAUAUGUUGAAUGUACAAGAAGAGCUGGCCAUUGAUGAGGGCACAAUCAGCAUGUCUAGUGUCUACACUGAAGGGAUAUUGACUACGCUAACACAAGCACUGGAGAGUUUAGGUAUAGAUCUGUCUCAAGCCAGCGUUUCUGUGCAGAUCAAUCUAGGUAAACGUGCAAAUAGCAGAAGACCAACUGCUACCACCACCAUGUCCAGUGCUAAGGAUCUUGAAGAACCCUCAGCUUUUAAUCAAGUAAUGGAGGACUCGAGGGUGGGGAGCAGUGGUGAGGAAUCCGAGCGAGCUCCCAAGAGGCAUAAAACUGAUAAGAGCUGAUGCUACAUUCUCGAAUCCUCUUAUUUAUCUUGCAAUCAUCCUCGUUCUGAAUCUAGGAUGAAUGUUUAAGCCUUUACCGAUGCACGUAAUGGCAUUAUGUAUUCCUUCAUAUGUUUUCAUGAAGAGGCUUCCAUCAAGCCACUUUUCAUUUCUGGCUUCCAUUCCCGUUAGAAGUCUCUUAUGCAGGGUCACUAACUCCUUGUAAGGUACCAUGGAUAGCUGAUCUUUGUUGUUACAGUGUAUGUUUGUGAAUUAUGGAAAUCAUUAGAUGUCAAUUAUGUACUUGUUAUCCCUGUCAUAUAU